GGAAAGUCUCAUAGAGACAAAACACUCAUACCCCAUGGCCUACCCAUUUGACAUUUCUCAAUUGAUUGAGAAGAGUUGCCUCCUAUCAAUUGCACUCAUUCGGCCAACAAGAAAAGAGAGAGAGCUCCAAGAAAACUUCUCACAUAGCUCAAGUUUGAGGAAGCAGGAGGAAGGAAGUCCAAGAAGAAAAGCUAGAGUUGAGGAGUCGAAAUCGCCAGAAACUGUCAAGAAAAGAGGCUGCCCGUAUUGCAGCAGCACGAACACCGGGCGGCUUUUGUGAAAGCCGGGCUGCUUUUAGCUGCUGUCCAGGAUUUUUGUUCCAAUCAGCCAAAAACGGGGAUUUAUCGGAGGUCUUCGCAAAGGCUACUAGUCAAACACUUCAUAAGCUUUCUCAGGACUUGGUGUUCGUGAACCAAUGGUCAUGAUGUGGUGUGACAACUGCGGGAGAAGUGUCUGCACUGAUAAUUCUGACUACAGAAAAUGCUGUACGUUGUGUGGGAAAGUUCUUAGCGAAGACCAUUUCGUAGAGGAAGCUAUUGUCAAAAAUGAUGUCGGGCAGAGUCAAUUGGCAGGGAGUAGUUGUGUAAGGUCUAUGCAAAGUCAAUUCUCACCUUCACGGGCUGGAACACUGAAGGAAGGUAGGAGAGGUGCAUUUGCUUCCCUGGAUGCAGCAGAGGAUGCUAAAUCCCGAUUUUCGACGUCUGACGUAUGUCCAUCUGAUGUUAGGGGAAAGCGCGGAGCCUCCCCCUCUCACGAAGUGCAAGUUGAAAAGAAGGUCAAAGGGAGUUUGAUCAUCAAGUCGGGUAGAGAGAGAGAACCCAACCAGCAAAAGCCUAGCUCGCCUUGUGCUCCUCCCGCCAGUCAUCGAGCCCUUGUUCCCAGUAUUCCAUCGAUCACGGAGGUGGCACGACUAGCAGACAUUGUUCCAUCCUUGGUAUCGUCCGAUAACUGGGAGUACCUAGCAGCCACCGGUUUCCUACCAAUUGUGGAGCGCUCCAUUACGGCUCAUACAGAAGGUCUGAUGAGGCUAAUCACCGCACUUCGUAUCGUGAAUGGUAAGAAUGAGGAGUUACAGCGUGAGGUUGACAAUGCCUGACAUCAGGCAAUCCAGGCUGAGAAGCGGGCGUACAAAGCAGAGUUUGUCUUGAAGUUACAUGCAGCUCGUCAUGAAGCAGACAAAAAGGCGUUGUCCGAGCUUCAAUUAAAGUAUGAACAACUAAAGGUGUCGUCCAAGGAUGCAGGAGAUCAAGCAGUUGCAGCCUUCAAGGCCUCCCUAGAGUUUUCGGAGUCAGUCACUUUCAAGAUGGAUCCUCAGCGCUCAGAACAGAUUCGGGCUUGGCUACAGACCAAGGAGGGACUGGAUUGGCGCAACAAAGAGAUUUUGAUCUCCUUUAAAUGUGGCCAGUAUGAUAUGCAGAAGAUGUUGUAUGACAAGCUUACAUACCUUUUCCCUGACUUUCACCCCGAGAAGCUUGGUUUACCCGAGAUCAUGUAUGAUCCAGAUAAGGAGGAGGAGGCGAGCGAUGAUGAUGGCCUUGACACUUGAUCUCCUCAACAUUUCUUGGACGUUCUUGAUGGCUUGGAUGGAGUUAUACACGACAAUGAUCUCGGGACCGUUCUCCAUGAUGUCCCGGAGAAGACGCCCGAUCCUUGGAUUAUAAUUUAUAACAUUUUUGCUUUCCUUCCAAACUUGUGCCUUUGAAUUCUCAUUCUUUAUUCAUUGAUUAUUUUAUUGUUUGAGCUUGUAUGUG